GCUCCACUCACUUUUUAAAGUUUUGUCUUCUCUAAUCCGUCUUCUUCUAUAUAUGAUCUUGCAUGUCUUACAUCUCUAGUAAACCCUAGCAAAUCAUACAAAGGUUAGGAACACAAGCUUGUAACUAGACCUAAGACGUUUCGGAUCAAGAACGAAAUAGCAAUGGAUAAAGAUUACUCGGCACCAAACUUCUUAGGUGAAUCCUCAGGCGGUAACGAAGAUAACAGCUCCGGUAUGAUAGACUAUAUGUUCAACAGAAACCUUCAACAACAACAAAAGCAAUCGAUGCCACAACAGCAGCAGCAUCAACUCUCUCCUACCGGAUUUGGAACAACACCUUCUUUUGACAAAAUGAACUUCGCAGACGUGAUGCAGUUUGCGGACUUUGGUCCAAAACUGGCGUUGAACCAGACAAGGAACCAAGAAGAUCAAGAAAGCGGGAUUGACCCGGUUUACUUCUUGAAGUUCCCUGUCUUGAACGACAAGAUAGAGGAACAUAACCAAACCCAACAUCUCAUGCCUUCUCAUCAAACGUCUCAAGAAGGAGGUGAGUGUGGAGGAAACAUAGGCAACGUGUUUCUUGAAGAACAAGAUGAUCAAGAUGACGACAAUGACAACAACUCCGUGCAACUCCGUUUCAUUGGAGGAGGAGAAGAAGAAGAUAGGGAGAACAAGAAUGUUACCACAAAGGAGGUGAAGAGCAAGAGGAAGAGAGCUAGAACAAGUAAGACCAGCGAAGAAGUAGAAAGCCAAAGGAUGACUCAUAUCGCCGUUGAAAGAAACCGUAGGAAACAAAUGAACGAGCACCUUCGUGUCCUUAGAUCUCUCAUGCCUGGCUCCUACGUUCAAAGGGGAGACCAAGCGUCGAUCAUAGGAGGAGCAAUAGAGUUUGUGAGAGAGCUGGAGCAACUCCUACAGUGUCUGGAAUCACAGAAGCGUCGAAGAAUCUUGGGAGAAACUGGUCGGGACAUGACCACGACAACGACUUCUUCUUCCCCUAUAGCUGCAGUAGCUAACCAAGCCCAACCGCUCAUUAUUAAUGGAAAUGUAACCGAGCUAGAGGGCGGAGGAGGGCUUCGGGAGGAGACGGCGGAGAACAAGUCGUGCUUGGCUGACGUGGAGGUGAAGCUUCUAGGGUUUGACGCCAUGAUCAAGAUACUUUCAAGAAGAAGGCCAGGACAAUUGAUUAAGACUAUAGCUGCUUUGGAGGAUCUUCAUCUCUCUAUUCUUCACACUAACAUCACUACCAUGGAACAAACCGUUCUCUACUCCUUUAAUGUCAAGAUUACAAGUGAAACGAGGUUUACGGCAGAAGACAUUGCAAGUUCUAUCCAACAAAUAUUUAGUUUCAUUCAUGCAAAUACCAACAUGUAAGAUCUGGAAGCUCUAACCUGGGGAAUGUGUUUGCUUAAAAAUCAUCACACGAUACAAAAUACGGAUUGUGUCGAACCACUGAUGAAGAUUACCAUAAUAAUCUCUACAUAUUGGUUUUUAUUCUCCAAGCAUUUGAAGAGUUAUUUGAAGGAAGUGCUUCUUAAUUUCUUUCUCUUUGGGGUCUUUUUUUUUUCAUGCAAUUUUCAUUUUUUUUUUUUUUUGAAGAUUGUUUAGCUUUGUAUUGUUUGAAUUCGUAUAUGUUAUUGUGAUUUCUACUUUGUAGGUUUUGAAAAAGCGGUUUAGAAUUCUAAACCACUUAAUUA